AUAAUUCAGUCAAUCAUCCGUGGCUUUUGUGUACUAACAUAAUCAUCUGGAAAACUCGGCAAAAUGAUUUACACAAUUUUGCUUAUCAUCUAUCUUUUGGCAGCAAAUGCUUCACCGGUGCUUGUUAAAAUGCCAUCGCAGAUGGCGGAGAAAGUGAACGUGGUUGGAAGUCAAUGUAUUAAAGAAACUGGGGCUCCGAUCGACUCUCUGACCAACUCAUUCCCUUGGAAUCUCCCUGAAACCGAAACCAAUGAAAAGUUUUUGUUUUGUCUUUGCAAAAAUUUGAAUUUAAUAAACGACCAAGGUGACUUCAAUUAUAAUAGAACUAUGAAAAUUUUCGCCAACAGUGAUAAAAAAGAAGCUAUCGAGAAAACGUAUUAUAAAUGCAAUACUUUGAAAGGUAAAGAUCGAUAUGAUACUACCUACAAGAGUGUAGAUUGCUUUUUCAAAAACGCUCCUGUGUCAUUAUCAUUGUAAAAUAAUUAAAUCGAAAAAUCUUAACACUUGGCAUGCGGACAUACUUCGCUCCCGAAUUGCGCGUGCAGCGUUCAAAUUGGCAAAACACACCUUAUACGUUCUGGAGCUACAUAUUCGAUUGAAGACGAAAUAACUAUGCGAAAGACUGAUUAACUUGACUGUCAGAACUUGAGGUAAGAAAUAAUGCAAAGCGUAUCCUAACAACGCAUAUAAUGUCACAGAUACAUGUAAUUGUACGUAUUUCGUAGAUUUAUGGUGGUUAGCGGAUAUCCACCACAAAUCAACUAAAUAAGUAUAUUUACGUAACCCGCGCUAUAUUGACAGACUGCAAGAAACGUACUUUGCCCGCAUGCCAUGCGUUAAUUUAAAAAUUUAUUUGUUUUAUUUAAAGAUAGAAUAAAUGUUAA